GGCUGCUUGGUCAUCAGGAAGCGAAGGCGAAAGCGCGCUGUUGUUUUUCAUUUAUUUUGUACUCCUGUCAACACAGACGUUUCCCGUCUUAUUGAUAAAACACUUUGAACGGCUUCUUGUUGAGAUAAACUCGACUCGGUCGACGUUGGUUUUAGCUGGAGACGCUAAGGUUAGCUGAGCUGAGCAGAGCGCUCGCGUCAUCAUUGUGCGAAGAUGUGUAAAGUGCGAAAUCUGAGAACGCUGGUGAAGCAGCGACUCAACGUGGCCGUCGAGGAGAUAUUUGAACUGUUUGAGAGGACGAUAGCGGAGUACGAGGAGGAACUUGGUCGACGCGAAGAGGCGGACGAGCGACGACAACGUCAACAACUGGAUGCAGUUCUCAAGCCAGCAAACGAAGCGGACGUGCAGCGGGCGUUGGUGGAGUGUCAAGAAGAAGUUCCCUCUGAGCAGCAGGAAGAGCCAGCAGACCCCUCCCACCUUAAAGAGGAAGAGGAGGACGUGUGGAGCAGCCAGGAUGGGGAGCAGCUUCAAGGGCUGGAGGAAGUCGGCUAUGUCAACUCGUUGCCAUGGACGGGUGUCCGUGUGAAGAGUGAAGAUGAUGACGGUCAGUCCUCGCAGCUUCCUCACAGUCAAAGCGGGGUGACGCAGCGAGUGUUGGCGGGGUGUCAAGAAGAGCAGGAGCCGCAGCCCGGCCUCGUUAAAGAGGAGAACACGUUGAGCAGUCGGGACGGGGAGCGGCUUCAAAGUCUGGAGGAGGCUGAGAUGAUCGCGUAUACACUGACCGGUGUCCAUAUGAAGAGCGAAGAGGAUGAAGGUCAGCCGUCACAGCUUCAUCACAGGCAAAGUGGGGAGAAGCCAAGCCAGCACGCGACAACAGAAGCUGACGGACAACACUGUGAAGAUCUCCGCUCGCAACCAGACAACUUUGCGCCACUAUCAGACGUGAUGAUGAUGUCACACUCUUCUGACACAGAUCACGCUGAUGACACCAGAGAACCUUCGGAGACUAAUGAGAAGUCUAAAGGUGAUACGACACGUCGCACUGACAUCAAACACAGUGGAGAGAAACCGUUUCCUUGCUCGCUGUGCCAUAAAAGAUUCUCCUCCAAGAGUUGUAUGAGUAGACACAUGGUCAUACACACAGGAGACAAAGCGUUUUCCUGCUCAGUUUGUGACAAAAGAUUCUACGACAAGUUUGACAUGAAAAAACACAUGAGAAGACACACAGAGGAGAAACCCUUUUCUUGUUCAGUUUGUGCAAAAGGUUUCCAUUUCAAGUUUGAAUUGAAAAUGCACAUGAGCACGCACACCGGCGAGAAACCUUUCACGUGUCCGGUUUGCGCUAGAGGUUUAACUCGCAGGUCAUGUCUUAUACAACACAUGAGAACGCACUCGGAUGAGAAACCGUUUACAUGUCCGGUUUGCGCUAAAGGUUUAACUCGUCGAUCGUAUCUCAGGCAACACAUGAGAACACACAUUGGGGAGAAGCCUUCUACCUCCAGCUCCUCAAGUCAACUCAUGACAACGGAAGCUGACGGAGAAUGCUUUAACUGCUCUGAAUGCGGCAAAACCUUUGCCAGAAAAGGAAAUUUGAAAAAACACAUGCUGACGCACAGUGGAGAGAAACCUUUUGCAUGCUCAGUUUGUGACGAAAGAUUUGCCUCCAAGCGUUGUUUGACAAGACACGUGCCAAUACACACAGGGGAGAAACCCUUUUCCUGUUCAGUUUGCGCUAAAAGAUUCUACGAAAAGUGUGACGUGAAAAAACACAUGAGUACACACGUGGCUGAGAAAGCUUUUCCCUGCUCAUUUUGUGGCCAAACAUUUAGAGAAAAAUACCGUAUGAUAUAUCACAUGAAAAGAAUGUCCUGUCGAUAAAGGUACACACUACGCACAACAACAGACACGCUAACAACAAACACAGAGGGGUUCAUAAUUCUGGAUAGAGACCAGCAAAGCACCUAAAAUGGAGAUCACACUGCUCCAAUACCAUGCAUCUAGCAUGUACACAGUCACGAACCCAUGUUACAGAAACGACUGUAUGCGGUAGGUAAUUUAUUCAACACAGACGAACCACCUUCGCAUGACGCUCGUCAAUAGCGUUAGCUAGCAUACUAGCCUAAUUAACAAGCUAGCGCAAGGUGACGCGACAUCACACGCGCGCAAACAAAAAUGCUCACUAGCGCGAAGCGUAUUUAGUCAAACUCAACGAUUGGCAUUUAAACACAAUAAGAAAAUGUUAAGGAAUACAGGUUAAUUUGUAACGGCAAAAUAGACUACACCGAGACGAAGAAAUUGAAGACUCCCUCGCUCAGUUCUCUAAGCAAGAAGCAAACCGUGCUUGCGUCAAGCUGUUUCUUUGUCACUCCCACUUGACUGUAAAACUGAUAACGUAAAAGAGAAUUAAACUUUGUGUAUUUAAACACCAAAAUGUUUCAGGGUCAAUACCACUAUAAAGUGGUUUGGUGUCCUCGUCGGAAUCACUCAGUUGUCAUGAAAAUGUAGCGGAAUAAUGAAACUCUGAGGUCUUAUUUAAAGUAUUUGCACACAUAUGACUACAAAAAUGUAUUUCCCUUAUUUUAUACAAUUAUUUUUCAUUGGAUGUACUUAUUUUUGGCAUGUCCCACACUUUGCUCUGUUAACUGCAGUGUGUGUAAUUUGUGGUUUAAUGACACUGAAUAUAUAUAUAUAUAUAUAUAUAUAUAUAUAUUAAUGUGGUUUUACUGGCCACAACAAGUUAUUUGAUAAAACCAGUCAUUUUGGUCAUAUAUUCUAUUUUCAUAAUCUUAAUGAACACUUUGCAUGCGCCCCUGAAAUUGCUGUCCACCCUGUCAUUAUGGGGUGAAUACCAUCUGAUGUUUUUCGUAACAUGACUACCAGCAUGUUGUCUUUCUUCAAUGGCGGCUGAAACAGUGUCUAGGUGCAGAGUACUGUCAGUAUUUACACUUACGUUUUGUGAUUUUCCAUCAUAUUCUGUGUGCAGUGGGAUCUUGUCGGGCUUAACAAGUCUACUUUGUUAUACUAAAGCACCCAACUUCUACACGAGGGUCACGGGAGCGCCGGGGCUGGCAGAGGCGGGGCAAACCAAAAAAAGUGGUCGCUGUCAAUUGAUAUAAAAACCUUUCAGAAAUUUGAAAUGUAUUAGUUCAAUACUGCACAGUCAGUUUGAUAUCUGAAUCGUGUUGCUUGGUCCACCGUUAGCCAAAAAUGUCCACCCUGUCAGCAAGGCUUUCAUGACAGUGUGGACACAUUACAAAAGCUAUUACACACAAUAUGGAUUUAUUAUUAUUUUUUUGACGAUAUUGCUUUCAGUAAAGCCAGUUUACCUGGGACCGCCUAUGAAAGUACGUAAGGGGACAUUCUGGAUUGUCUUUUUCAAGGAAUGACAUCAAAAGGAGCGGAGAUAGCAAGGAGGUAUCGGGAACGUCGUGACGCCGACCCGGACAGAAGAAGAAGGUACCUCGAGAAAGAA